AUGGUGAGGGCACCCUUCUCUGAUGGAGCGUUUGGACCUAUCCACGCCAUUGACCCCGAUUCGGAGCAUACCCACACUGCUAUCAUGUUGCACGGUCGGGGGAGCAGCGGCCAAGAAUUCGCUGAGGAGCUCUUCGAGACCGUGUUGCCUGGCCAGGAACCCCUUACUCGGAGGCUCCCGGGCUGGCGAUGGGUAUUCCCGUCUUCACCGCAGCUCUGGAGCACUGCGUUCCAGGAAUCGCUUCCCGCCUGGUUCGAAGCCCAUUCACUGACGGAUCCGACUGAGAGGCAGGAUCUGCAGAUUCCGGGCAUCAGACAGUCAGUGGCAUACAUCCAGUCGAUUGUGGACGACGAGAUUGUGAGGCUUGGCGGGAAACCCGAGAGACUGGUCAUUGCGGGCAUCAGUCAGGGGGCUGCAAUCGGCAUGUGGACGCUGCUUUGCCAGGGAGAGCUCAACAGGCGGCUAUUAGCAUUCGUAGGGGCCAGCACGUGGCUUCCUUUUGCCGAGUGCAUCGAAAGAUUUCUGGGUAGAAACUAUGAGGCUGGGGUCAAGGAGUAUAACUCGACUGCCAGCGACUCGGACGCAUUUGUUGAGGGCAUGAUGUCCGUGUGGCGGCAGCCUUCUCAAUCUGGAGAGAGCGUCAAGCCGCUUCUGUCUACUCCAGUGUUUUUGGGCCACGGCGUCGAUGAUGCCGUCGUCGAUGUCGAGCUCGGCCGGAAAACCUGGCUUGUGCUCACUCAAAUAGGAUUCCAGCCUAGCUCCCCUUUCCAAGUUUGCCGAAGCCCAAUGGACAAGUUUGAGGCAAUCAAGGACGACCGACUGCACCAGUCUCUAAGCAGUGGCUGGGCUAGUUUUCUUGCUGCUCAACAAUGCAGUCACGAAGUCAGCGCGCUGAGACAGGCCUUCAAUGAAGAGAUCCAUCGGCUCGACCGUAUGUACUCGUCCCUGCAGCGGGACAGUGUUCGACAACAUGACUUGAUUGCUGCUGCUGUUACGGAAUCAAAGUCCCUCAUCGAACAACACGCGUCUGAAUUGAAAGAGAUCAUCACUAUCCAGAACAGCCUCUCGACUCUGAAGCACAAGGCUAGCCAAGACAAAGAAUACAUGUUGACGAAGAUCAACGAGCUGUCCAAAAAGGUUGCGACGCAACAGGAAAGUCUAGAAGGGAUACGCUCAACCACAGCUCAGGACAUCAGCAACGCUCAGGGGCAAUAUCGCUCGGCGCUGGAGAAACUGCAGUUUCUGCAGGGAGAAUUGAAGGAACUGAGGGCAGAGAAAAUCGCUUCAGAGCAGAGAUUGGCAGCUCUCGAGCAUCAGAUUGCCGCGAUGGCACAAGCACAUCGAGAAUCCCCAAGUGAGACGGCCAAUUUGCAUGACGAGACGCUUCCGCUUCAGGAUGAGUUGAUGAAGUUGCCGGACAAGACGACCUCAGAGACGGAGCCGAAGCGAGCGAUGCCGUCGUCGGACGGCGAGGAUAUCCGAGCGCUCUACCUUCGAUUUCGAGACAGGUACAAGCGUGACCCUCCACGUAACGACGCGGACUACGUCUGGGAAUUUAUUGGCAGCAUCAAGGAUCCGUCCUUGUCGAAACAUAUCCAAGAAUCUCUCGUGGUGAUGCUGCCGGAUUACGUGACGCGGACCCGGGACACGAGACGCAGGAAUCCGCAGCGUCAUAUCAACAUCUCCAGGGCAAUCACAUGGAGGAAGUUUCGAGAGGCGCUCGCAAAGAUACCGCCUCCGGCCUGA